AAAGAGGGGCGGUAUCUCUCAGGGUUUGACGUCACAUACCUCGGUUCUCACAUAUGGUAUGAAUGGAAUGGGUGAACGCUAUCUGUCUUCUUGAACGCUAUCAGUCUUCUGCUGCAGACGACAGCCGAUUUUGGAAUAGCCGGUGGCACUGGAACCAGCUUUGCACGCAAUCUGCCCACUGAGUUAAUUUUUCUCUCCAGUUAGGCUAAUUGAACAGGUUAAAUCGACCUAUUCUUGUGAUUUAGAUUUAUUUGCUUUGUUUAAUAUUUUGUAUUAGCCUAUCUGCAUAAUUAUACCCCAGGACCAGGUUUAGUGCAUUUUUUUACAGCUAAAGGAAGAAGUGAUGGAUAAAAUAAUGUCCAGGCAUCUCACGGUGAAUCCAAGUUUUCUACCUGCGUCGAAUCACUGCGUACUGAAGUCUCUAUUGGAGAACCCCAUGAAGCUACCCUUCCUCAAACAUGAACACCAAAAUGAAGGGUUUGGGAAGGAGCGAGAGAAGGAGAAGAAUUUGGAUGAGGAGAGGAGUGCCCCACAGUCAGCCUUCCUUGGCCCGACGCUGUGGAACAAGACUCUCCCCUACGAUGAGGACAAUUUCCAGCUGGAGUACAUGGAUCUGGACGAGUUCCUGUCGGAAAAUGGCAUUCCGUCUGAUCUUGCCACCGCCGUCCACCAGCACCAAUCACACCAAUCGCAGUCCCAGCACCAGACGUCAAGUAGGUCACAAGCCCCGACCACACCGUCGCCCUCAGUGAUCGACCUUAGCAGCCAUGCCAGCGCAUCGACGUUGGUACACACAGGCAUGGGCGCACAGAACUGUCUCCGUAGUCUCACCAGAACAGCCCUGCCAUCCAGAAACACUCCCAGCCCCAUCGACCCAGAGUCCAUCCAGGUGCCGAUGAGUUAUGAGCCCGACCCUGCUGACCUGGCCCUGUCCAGUGUACCGGGACAGGAGAUGUUCGACCCCCGCAAAUGCAAGUUUGCCCCCGAGGAGCUCAAACCACAGCCCAUGUUCAAGAAGGCUCGCAAGGUGUUAUUCCCUGAUGACAUGAAGGAUGACAGGUAUUGGGUGAGGCGUAAGAAGAACAACGUGGCUGCCAAGAGGUCACGGGACGCCCGUCGGCUCAAAGAGAACCAGAUCGCCAUCCGAGCGGGUUUCCUGGAGAAAGAGAAUUCAGCACUGAGGAUGGAGGUGGGCGACCUGAGGAGAGAGCUGGGGCGCACCAAAAACAUAGUGGUCAAGUACCAGGCCACACACGGACCUCUGUAAUGGGACUGAGACAGAAUACACUCAAACACAGAUAGCAACUACACACACACACACAAAAUAUGAGGCUGAGCUUACAGCUGUCUGAGACAACCACCCAAUCAAUCCCCCCCAUUUAUCUCACCCAUGUCUGUCUCUGAUUGGCACUUUAGAGUGAAAGCGGAUAACGUUGUGUAAAGUGUGAGUAUGAAACGGAAUGUGUUUCCUUUAUUUCUGAGCUAUGUGUGUUUUUAAUUUUAUUCUUUUCUUUCUUAUAUAAAUUUAUCCACACAUGGCUAAUGUAUUUUAUUUGUUAUUUUCCUUACACGGUGGUUUGUACAUAUUGUCCACGGUGUUUACUGUGGCAUUUCAUUUUUUUUUUAUGAAUAUGUAUGUUGAAUGUUAUGUUACCUACCCUUAUCCAACUCCCUCUUGAUCCAUAACAUCUGUUAUCGUCUGUUGAUGAUCUUGUGUCUGUGGUUGCCAUGGUUUUCUAUGGUUUCCAUACUGUAAAUAUAGGUUAUGUCAGCUGAGAUGUCUCCACUGAUGUUACCUGUCCCACUUCAUCCAGCUUUCUUUUUAAUCCACCCCCCCCUUUCUUAUGCUUUGACAGAGAUAUGCUGUUUGUAAAGUGUAGAAUGACUGCACUGCUCACACUUUGAAACCUCUUUAAUGCCUACAUACCGCUAGCCUGGGUACCCAACUGUUUCUCAUUAGGCAACAGCAUGUUAGCUAACGCAGAGACAGACUGGCGUCCAGGCUAGCAUUCUAUGAUGUCAGCUUUGUCAUUUGUUCAUUUCGUUCAUAUGGCAGUGUUAUGACCAGGCAGGUCACCCGUGAUACAAGUCAGUAUUCAACGUCUAUCCAUGUCUGAGGACGUCCAGAGAUGAUGUGGAAAACAGCCACAAGGGGCAACAGUGAGCCCUGUUACUAACAAGUAGGUUUUGGUUUUGCUAAGAUGUUGCGGAUGGGUGUGAGCAUCUGCCUCUGAUUCCAAAGUUUGCAUGUUUGAAUCCAGCGAUAUAUUUUUAUAUUUUUGUUUUAUCCCUAACCUAUCCCUAACCUUAACCAUUCAGAGUUAAUGCCUAACCUUAACCAUUCAGAGUUGAUGCCUAAACUUAACCUUAAACACUUUGAAAUUUGACGUUUGGAACAACUUAGAAAUAUGACGAUUGAGAAACAUGUAUGAACGUUUUAUUGUGACGUAAGACUGUGAGAGCUUGUAGGUUUUGACAGUGUUAUUGAUAACUUUGUUAACACAGGUUGUUUCAAGUUACCUGUCACCAGAUCAUUGUUUCACCGUGUUGUACAGAUGAACUGUCAGAAGCUAAAGCAAUAAGCCCAUAAAGCAGUAGGGUCUUGGUCUCCUAUCUACCAAGCUUACUGUCACAGACACGCAUGGAACGACCCUCUUUAUUUCAUUUGUAAUUACUUGUAGUAUUUACAUAUCUGGCAUGUUUUUAUUUCCUCUUCAAGCAUUCAAAUUUGAACAUUAUCAGCAUCCAUGCAAUAGACAAUAGCUGUUAUCAUUUUCUUUUACUCUUCCCGAGCAUGACUUUUCUCUGUCAGUGUCCGUAUUAAGACAGCCUCUCAGUCCUGCUCAGAUUGAAAGAAGUCCUACUGAGACUGUCCUAGUAUGGAUACUGCACAGAUGCUCUCUGUGACCCAACGAGAUGAAUGUAACAGAUGUACUACAGUAUAUAACAAACACAGGAGGUUGGUGGCACCUUAAUUGGGGAGGAUGGGCUCGUGGUAAUGACUGGAGUGGAAUCAGUGGAAUGGUAUCAAACACAUGGUCUGCAGGUGUUUGAUGCCUUUCCAUUUGCUCAGUUUCUGCCAUUAUUAUGAGCCUUCCUCCCCUCAGCAGCCUCCUCUGAUAACAGUACGCUGGGCGAAUGAAUGGUGUUGCCUAUACAGUACGGUGGAAUAUACCCUAAUCAGUUUAUAUCUUUACUACAGACCAAAACAUUUCAGUAUACAAAGGAUAUAUUGAUAUAUUAAAGGUUUUGUUUAUACAAAGAUAUUCAUGUUUUUGUACAGUAUUUUUCCCAACAUAUAUAUUUCUUGUGUAUUUUAAAAAUGAACUGUGUAUAUUAAGAACUUGUUCACUUUUAACAAAAGCUGUUUUUUAGAUACUUUGCCUGGACAUUACUAAAGACCACAUUACAAAUGAAACCGACAGGCCAUUUUGUCUUGUAUGUUUUGUUGGACUGUUCAUUUGCUGUAGUCUAAGAAAAUAUUGAUAUCUGGAUCUCUUUAAAUUCUUACUUGUAUGUAGUUUUGAUAUAGAAUAAUGUAAUGUCCCAAAAACAAACACUUACAGUACCAGUCAAAAGUUUGGAUACACUCAUUCCAGAGUUUUUUUAUUUAUUAUUUUUUACAAUUUUCCACAUUGUCUCAAAAACCAACAAGCACUAUGAUAAAACCUGGGACUCUUGAGUGGCGCAGCGAUCUAAGGCACUGCAUCUCAGUGCUAGAGGCGUCACUACAGACCCUGGUUUGAUCCCGGGCUGUAGCACAACCGGCCAUGAUUGUGAGUCUCAUAGGGCGGCACACAAUUAACCCAGCGUCGUUGCCCGGUUAGGGUUUGGCUGGGGUAGGCUGUCAUUGUAAAAAAAUAAUUUGUUCUUAACUGACUUGCCUAGUUAAAUAAAAACUGGAUCUUAUGAGGACCGCCACAGGAAAGGAAGACCCAGAGUUACCUCUGCUGCAGAGGAUAAAUUAAUUAGUUAACUGCACCUCAGAAAUUUCAGCCCAAAUAAAUGCUUCAGAGUUCAAGUCACAGACACAUCUCAACAUCAACUAUUCAACUAGAUUUUUGAUUCCAACCGCCAUGUCUUUGUGAGACGCAGAGCAGGUGAACGGAUGAUCUCCACCAUGUGUGGUUCCCACCGUGAAGCAUGGAGGAGGAGGUGUGGGGGUGCUUUGCUGGUGACACUGUCAGUGAUUUAUUUAGAGUUCAAGGCACACUUAACCAGCAUGGCUACCACAGCAUUCUGCAGCGAUACGCCAUCCCAUCUGGUUUGGGCUUAGUGGGACAAUCACUUGUUUUUAAACAGGACAAUGACCCAACACACCUCCAGGCUGUGUAAGGGCUAUUUGACCAAGAAAGAGUGAUGGAGUGCUGCAUCAGAUGACCUGGCCUCCACAAUCAUCUGACCUCAUCCCAAUUGAGAUGGUUUGGGAUGAGUUGGACCGCAGAGUGAAGGAAAGGCAGCCAACAAGAGCUCAACAUAUGUGGGAACUCCUUCAAGACUGUUGGAAAAGCAGUCAAGGUGAAGCUGGUUGAGAGAAUGCCAAGAGUGUGCAAAGCUGUCAUCAAGGCAAAGGGUAGCUACUUUAAAGAAUUUGUUUAACACUUUUUUUGUUACUGCAUGAUUCCAUAUGUGUUAUUUCAUAGUUUUGAUGUCUUUACUAUUAUUCUACAAUGUAGAAAAUAAGAAAAAACCUUUAAUGAGGUGUGUCUAAACUUUUGACUUGUACUGUAUGUUAAAUCUCAUGUUCAUUUGUUCCUUUUGUGUGAUUUUUAUUUUAUUUUUAUUGUGUGUGCAUUUUUUCCCCAGAUGAUGGGUUCCCCAGGGCACUUACAUGCUGUCUUUUUGAUUAUGUUUCUCAUGAUCACAAUAAAACAGUUUAUAUCA